AUGAUUGGAGUCAAUGACGCUCCAAGGUAUAAUCCAAAUUUGGUAACAAUGGUGGACGCGCUCAUGGAGGCACCGAUGCUGAUGCUGGAAGUUCCAAAGGUCUUCUAUCAGGCGCGCUAUUCGGACUUCGCCAUAUGGCUCUUGAGGGAACGUGGACUGAUGGUCUUAGCGCUCUAUCGAAGUGCCGAGGCAUCACAGUCCGCUCACACCGGGGGCUUCCUGGAUAUGGCGACGCCCACACACGACUUCGUCUAUACGUGUCCACCAGGUACCAAGACCUUGCUGUGCGGCACCCAAGGGAAAUUGCAUGCUUGCCCUCAACGCAGUCGCGGCUCGACCGGGCCGGCCUCGUGGUGUGAAGAAAUUGUCCGAAUGGUACCAUCGGCAACGCUGUCACUGACGCUGUCACAGGUUGAGCAUUAUCCUUCCAAAGGAUGUGGACAAAUUGAUGAUCUCACAGCAGAGACAAUUUGUCUCCGCCGACUUCCGGUCGAGAGUGCUCUGAUUUCAGUGGCACCAGGAGCGCUCGACGCUGGUCAAGGCGGCGGCCGAGAAGUGCUCACCGGCACCUUGAAGAACUUCGGCAUCUCGGAAAGCAAAAGUCAUUUUGGCGAAGCCAAUGGACUUUCUGAGCAUGAAGAGACGAAGGGAUUCGGCAUUACUAAGUGGCAGAAAUCCUUGGAACAAGUCACAUCGAAGUUUCUGGAGAAGAAGAAAGGCCCCACAUCUCCCAGACCGGGGCCAGCACCCCUGUUCUUGCUAUACCAGAACACAGCUCCCUCACAGGGCGCGGUUGAAGUCAUCAUCCCAGACAAGCCCAUCCUAUCUUUGAUCCACAGCCAGCAUCAGCCAGAGAAGGCUGCUGCAGAUCGUAGGGAGCAGAUCCACAAGGAGCAGGUGAAGAGCGACCGUGUCAUUGUGACCGCCAGCGGCGGAGCUGACACCGUACCCACAGAAGUCGGGACCAGCGGCAUGCGGGCCAGGAUGAAGAAGGCCAUGGAGCACGUCUAUGGAAAUGACCUGACAGCCAGUGGAUGA